AUGGACAAAGAUUCCGCCACACCCUUUAAAGUCGGGGAAUCGGUUGAGUUUAGGUGUUUCGACGUGGGAUUUCGAGUGUUGAGCUACAAAGAUUAUACCCACGAGAAGGAAGAAUGGACGGAGUUAUAUCAAACACCUCCACCCGGAUGGGCCGAGAAUCAGGAGAAGCAACUGAUGCUGCGGCCUCAGUAUCCGCGGAUUUUCCAAAGCGCCGAAGAAGCUCCUCCGAUCGACGCAAUUUUGGAAGUGAUUCUCGUUCGUGAUCGUGAUUGGAAGGUGGGGGAUCUCGUGGAUUGGUUUGAAGAGGGUUGUUACUGGUCCGCAAAAGUAACACAAAUAUUUGGCGGCGAUGAAGCCGCUGCCAUUGUCGAGUUACCGCCGCCCCCGAGGGGAGAAGGAUUCGGCAAGUCUUAUCGGGCACUUUUGAGUGACUUACGGCCGUCUUUGGACUGGUCACCGGAGUCCGGUUGGACGGUUCCAACUUCGGAGGAUGAAGAUGGAAACUUUCUUUCAUGUGCGCGGCUCGUAUAUCCAGUGGAUAUUCAUACUGUUGUUGGUGAAGAUGGCCUGAAAGAUGUUCCGAUUUCGAUCGGAUUAACACCAGAUUCAGCCACUGAUUUGUCUUCUGUUCAACCUGGAUAUCCUGAAAAUGAGGAGAUGCAUCAAAAUCCCGCUGAGGAGAAGGUGAUGGAGAACCCUAAAACGAGUAAUUCACUUAUGGACUUCGAGGAACUGUCAAACAAGUUAACAUGGCUUGGGAAGAUUCUAAAGUCUGGAAUGUCUUCGUCGAAUGCUGGGACGUCAGGUUCUUGGGAAUUUUUUGAACAACAUCAUGGUUCAUCUGUCGCGCCAAAAUGA